CUUGAAGUGAUCCAGAAUUAAACGAAAUAAAUUGAAAAUAUAAGCUUAAAUUAACAAUAUUGUGUAUAAUCAUGACCACUAAUCCAGAUAAAGUGUACAGUUUUAAAACAGAGAACAAAUUCUUAGUCAAAAGUGGCUGCAAAAAGCGCAUGUGGAGAUCUUUGAAACAAAUUCUUACUGCAGAACGAGCAUUACCAUGGCCAAACGAUAUUGUGCUUUAUUAUUCAAUAAAUGCUCCACCAACGUUCAAGCCAACUAAGAAGUACUCGGACAUCUCAGGCCUCCCCGCACCCUACAUGGACCGCCAUUCCAAACUGUACUAUAGCAAUGCAGAGGAAUUUGCAACGGUGAGGAGUUUACCCAUGGACAUAACCGCUGGCUACCUGCAGUUAAGAGGAGCAAACACUAUUGUUGGAUAAGGACUGAAACUAUUCUAGAGACUGUUUUGAUGUUAGCUAUACAUAUGUCGAGUAUGUAAUAAGAAGUUUUAUAAGAUAAUUUAAAUAGCCCUAACUUGUGUGAGAAUUUGAGAAAUAGAAAUGUAUUAGAAUAAGAACAGAGUGUAUAAAUAUUUUACUAUUAUAUUGAC